AUGAGGAAACCCCGCACCGUGACCCUACAACAGUCCAUUACGGUGGCGCCACUGUCCAUGGAAGAAUUGUUGAGCCCUCGAGUCGAAGGGAUCUGCAUCAACCAAAAGUUUCAAAAAGAGAGCAAAUGCCAGGCGACGAUCAGCAAGGUGGAAUGGUUUGUCAUGGAAUUGGAACAAGGCAAUUGGUUUCCACUGCGCAAUCAACUAUUGGCCUUGAAAGUCGAUCCGGACGCCAAGAAUUCCUUUUUGGAUCGAGUGGCGGCUCGAUAUCGGACCAAAACUACUCCCACUAGCAAUAGCAGUGAAAUGGCGUGGCGCAAGGGAAUGGACGAAUGGUGUCACAAGGAACCUGAGAAUCCGGAUGGCUUUUUACUCUACGGACAAUUGUGGAUUACCGAGGCAUGGAGUGCACUACGGCAACAGCAGCAGGAACAACAACUACAAUCAAUUGAUCAAACAGAAUCAUCAUCACGAACGUCACUCUCCAUGCAAGUCUUUCAUCAACGACAAGAACUGGCCCAACAAAAAUUGAAAAUCGCGCUCCAACUAGAUCCCACGGACCCUCUAAUCUAUGUCAAUCUCUUGACGGCCACACGAGAAUUAAAACAACUCAAGGCCACUUUUACACAAUUCCGACAAGACGCCAGUGAUCCCCACAAUCUACUCGUCCAUCAAACCAUGCUCGUACGAUUGUCCCCGCAUUGGGGAGGAUCCAUUCCCGAAAUGAUCGACUUUGCCCGGGAAUGCACGCUGCGACCGACGGGCAAGACCGUGGCGCCGCCAUUGGGACACGAACUGUGGACGUUGCUCCCGCAAGCCCAUUACAAGGCGUGGCAUUAUACACAACAGCAGCAACAACAACAAAUGGACGCCAGUGACAAGUCCCAAGACGAUGCUUACUUCAAAAAUAUGAGGGUAGCCGAUCGCAAAGAAAUCGUCAAGGCAUAUCGCAAAUACCGCAGCAGUCUGUCCGCCACAAAUGAUGCUGAUGAAGUCGUUGGCAACGACUUGUUUGCCUUUUGUCUCUACCAAGUACGUGCCUACCGCGAAGCCCAUGCCGAAUUUGAACGCAUUGGAGACGUUCCCCUCAAUCCGCAGCCCUGGCACCGAGCAGCCGCAGGCGGCAACAAGACUCAUCUCGCCGUUUACGCCAAGGCACGUGCCAAGGUGGCGGCGCAUGUCAGCAAAAAGAAUUCCCAACAAACCAAAUCGGCACGUGCCAUGUCCCGACAGGUCAGUGUCGAAGUCGCCAAUGCCGCCAGCCGCAGAGUCAGUCAACAACAAGCCACGGAACCUCAACGCAAUCCACAGUCGACAGCCUGCAACGACAGGUCAGUGUCGAAGUCGCUAAUGCCGCCGCCAACCGUCAACAACGACGACGACAAGCCGCAAGGAACGCAUCCACAUGCUAGCGCUUUGCAGCGACAAGUCAGUGUUGAAGUGGCCAAUGCGGCCGCCACUCGUCAACAACGACGACAACAAGCCGCACCUCGGCGCAAUUCACAGUCAAGAGCCUUGCAACGACAGGUCAGUGUUGAAGUUGCCAAUGCGGCACAACAUAGAGCCCUUCGACGACAAUCCAGUGCCGAAGCAGCCGCCCAGGCACGGGCCAUGUUCUUUCGACGGACCGCCAGUAAGGAAGCAGCGGCGCUGGGAAGGAAAAAGGCACUCUUGUUUCAAUGCAAAUAA